GCCAUUAACAAACACACACACACACAGAUACCUGUACACACACACAGAGACAUGUACAUACACACACACAGAAACACACACACACACACAGACGUACAUACGUACAGAUGCACACACACGCACAGAGACAUGUACACGCACAGGCACGUACAGACACACAUAAACAUAGUUACAUGUACAUACACAGAAAUACACACGCACAGACAUAUGCACAAACAGACACGUACACACAGACACAUGUACGUACAUACACACAGACACAUGUACAUACAUACACACAAACACACACAGACACAUGUACAGAUACACACAUGUACAUACACACAGACACAUGUACAGAUACACACAUGUACAUACACACAGACACAUGUACAGAUACACACACACACACCCUAUAAAAAGUUGCAGUACUACUUGUUGUUCACUCACAGAACCAGGUACUGCACUCUAGGGGGAGGCAGAGAGCACAGCACACUCCUUGCUUUGCUUUCACUGCGCUCAGCUAUUGAGCAGUCCUGACAGCUCCCAGUGCCAAUGACAGAUCCAGCCUGAGCUCCGAGCCUGCUCAGCAAGACGGCCCUGGGGGACACACUCACCCCCACCAUAAUUUCCACUUGCCAUUGGUGAGCAGGCGAGUAGAAAUUUCAAGC